GUCUCAUUCCGUCUCAUUCCCCGCCAUGAAUUUUCGAGCUAAGACAUUUGUGCCCCUCCACAUAAUUCACACCCACAAUAGAGAGGAAACAUCUGCUCUCUCAGUGUGAUCUUUUUGCGACCAAUUAAGUACGUAAUUCCUUCUUCACAAGUAAGAAGCGCGGUGGACUGGUUGGCUGGCCCUGGCCUUGGUCCUCAACCGCUCAUUCGGCCCAUUCCUGCCUUAAACUCCCCGUUCUACCCGAGCUUCAAACCAUGGUCGAAUACAAGGCGAGGAUCAGCUGCCUUGCCUCAGGCAAUGGCAGCAAUCUACAAGCACUUAUAGAUGCCAGUGCUUCAGGUAUCAUCGCAGGCACCAUCGUCAAAGUCACCGUCAACCGAAAAGAUGCCUAUGCGGUAAAGCGAGCGGAAAGCGCGCAGCCAUCGAUCCCUACCGACUACUUCAACCUUGUGAAGCAUGGCUUUCUGGCGCCGGGCGAGAAGGACCCCGAGAAAGUCAAGGAGGCUCGCUUCGCUUACGACACAGCUCUCGCCGCGCGGAUAUUAGCCGAUAAACCUGACUUAAUAGUGCUGGCUGGAUGGAUGCAUGUAAUGAGCCCUGGGUUUCUCAACCCUGUGGCCGCCGCUGGCGUUCCAAUAAUCAACUUACACCCUGCGUUACCAGGCAUGUACGAUGGCGCGGGGGCGAUUAAACGAGCAUAUGAUGACUUCCAAGCUGGAAAACUUGCGAAUGGCAUCACAGGAAUCAUGAUCCACUACGUUGUGGAAGAAGUCGAUCGUGGUGCGCCUGUCUUGACUCAAGAAGUGGAAAUACGCAAGGGAGAGAGUCUAGAAGAUCUCGAGCAAAGGAUACAUGGAUUCGAGCACGAGUUGAUUGUGAAGGCCACGGCGUUGCUUGCAGAGAAGAUCGUAGCCGCCAAAGGAUCUACAACUAGCUAGGACGGAAGGCUCCGAAGCACGGGGUGUGAAGAAUGGAAGAAGGCUUGAACAGGGCUCCCAUUCGGGAAUCUUCUGCAGGCCGAAGCGGAUAUGCUACGGGGAUGUUACUGCAGCUUCUUGAUGCAUUUGAGAUCUCCCUCCACCGCCACGGCACCGAACAGGAUUCAGGUAGCAAACCAUCCAAUUGCCUUCCACGGUGCC